AAAGUUCUAGUCACAAUACUGGAUGUGAAUGACAACGCUCCCGAUGUCACCAUCACCUCUGCCACCAGCUCAAUCUCCGAAAAUUCUUCUGCUGGGGCUAUGAUUGCCCUUUUCAAUGUGCACGACAAAGAUUCUGGGGAGAAUGGCCAGGUCACCUGCUCCAUCCCAGAACAUCUGCCUUUCAAACUUGAAAAGUCCUAUGGAAAUUAUUAUAGUUUGGUGACUGAUAAAGCCCUGGAUAGGGAGGAGGUCUCCAUGCAUAACAUCACCGUGAGAGUCACAGAUAGGGGAAAUCCCCCUCUCUCCACUGACACUCACAUCUCCCUGCACAUAGAAGACAUCAACGACAACCCCCCAGCCUUCAUCCAGACAGUCUACUCAGCCUAUAUCAUGGAGAACAAUCCUAGGGGAACUUCCAUUUACUCUCUGACUGCUCACGACUCCGACAUUGGGGAGAAUGGUCAUGUCUCUUACUCCAUUGCAGACGACUCAGUACACAGUGCAUCUCUCUCUUCCAUUGUCUCCAUUAACUCUGAAACUGGUGUCCUCUAUGCUCUGUGUUCCUUUGAUUAUGAACAGUUCCGAGAACUGAAGUUAGGAGUGAUAGCCAGGGAUUCUGGGGACCCUCCUCUCAGCAGCAGUGUGUCCCUGACUCUGUUCAUCCUGGAUCAGAAUGACAAUGCUCCAGAAAUCCUGUACCCUGCCUUCCCCACAGAUGGCUCCAGUGGAGUGGAGCUUGCCCCACGCUCUGCAGAGCCAGGCUACCUGGUGACCAAGGUGGUGGCGGUGGAUGCAGACUCUGGCCAGAAUGCCUGGCUGUCCUACCAUCUGCUCAAGGCCACAGAGCCUGGACUCUUUUCAGUAGGUCUGCACUCAGGGGAGAUCAGGACCCUUCGGGCAUUCUUGGACAAAGAUACCCUCAAGCAGAAUCUCAUAGUGGCAGUGACAGAUAAUGGGGAGCCCCCCCUGUCUGCAACUGUCACUAUCACUAUAGCUGUUGCUGACAGCAUUCCUGAGAUCCUUUCUGAGCUCAGCAAUCUGGAAACACCAGAUGACCUUAAAGACUCCAGCCUCACACUCUACCUUGUCAUCUCGGUAGCUGCCAUUUCUUGUUUGUUUUUCACCUUC